AGAGUAGCAUAAGAUAUAUGUAUUGGAAUGAGGCAAUGGUUUUGACAGCAGAAGGAAAAACAGUAAUACGUAGAAAUCAAUCACAUGUUUGGUAUAAACUGAGAGAGGUCCAUCUCUUGCAGUUGGCACUUGUCUGUUGUUUCUUCUUUUGUUAUGGAAGAUGCCACUUGUACUCUCAAACUUUUCAUGGCCCCAACAAGGAUGGGGAUAUAUCCAAAGUCUGAGAACACUGCAAAAGCAAACACCAAUAGUUGGAUGUACCAAUCGCCAAGCUCAAGUCACCUCGCUUUGCAUUGUGUCCACUUAGCACUGCAUUCAUUCAUCAUAAUCCCAUCACCAACUAACUUCAAUUAUAAAUUCUCCCAAAAACUCUAUCUCUCACUCUCUAUAACAAGCUACUCCACUUUUUCCCAACCACUCACGAGACACCCUUGAAACUUUUCUUCCUCUCAAUUCCUCCUUAUGCUACUGUGAAAAACCAAUGAAAUCCCCACUUCCUUCUUUUUUUCUACUCCACUCUUGAAUGCCGUGAGAUAUUUCAUAUCCUUCACAAUUCUUAUACACCAAGUAUUGAUAUUCAUACUCAAAUAAACCGUGGCCUUUCUGCUUACGUGGAUUGAUUAUCAAAGGGUGCAGUUGCAAUAUACAUCACCCUCAAGAUGGUUUUAAAAUACUUAUACUAGUUCUUCAUCCUACGUUGGAGCUCGUGUUUGGAAGAUUUGUCAUGACUGUAUGCUCUGACACUCUUCGUAUCAUUGUUCAAAAAUACACACUUGUUUUCUAGGUUCAAUGGCGGGGUCAUGUUUCCAUGGACUAAGGCUAAGGAUGUCUAAGAGUAAACCUUUACCAGACCCUUCAUCCUCCUCCAAGUUAAGGUUGGAGAGUGACACGGAGAACAAUGAAAGGAAGAGAUUUGAUAGCAUGGAAUCGUGGUCCAUGAUAUUGGACUCAAUGGAUACAUGGGAGGCUUCAAAGGAGGAGGGGGAGCAAGAGGAAUGGACUGCCGACCUAUCACAGCUUUUUAUCGGCAACAGGUUUGCUUGUGGAGCUCACAGCCGAAUUUACCGUGGAGUCUACAAGCAGAGAGCAGUUGCUGUGAAAAUGGUGAAGAUGCCAUCCCAGGAUGAGGACAAAAAGGAAUUACUAGAGGAGCAAUUUAACUCUGAAGUGGCUUUGCUUUCACGUCUCUUCCAUUUUAACAUUGUGGAGUUUAUUGCAGCAUGUAAAAAACCGCCGGUGUACUGUAUCAUAACAGAAUACAUGUCACAAGGGAAUCUAAGGAUGUAUCUGAACAAGAAAGAGCCAUACUCACUCUCACUGGAAAUAAUAAUAAGGUUGGCUCUGGAUAUAUCAAGGGGCAUGGAGUACCUUCAUUCACAAGGUGUGAUUCACAGAGACUUGAAGUCAAGUAAUUUGCUCCUCGACGAUGACUUGAGGGCUAAGGUGGCGGAUUUUGGCACAUCUUGUCUUGAAACAAGAUGCCGGAAAAGCAAAGGGAACUCGGGAACAUAUCGUUGGAUGGCACCAGAGAUGGUUAAGGAAAAACCUUAUACUAGAAAAGUUGAUGUCUACAGUUUUGGUAUUGUGCUUUGGGAGCUCACUACUUCUCUACUUCCUUUCCAAGGAAUGACCCCAGUGCAAGCUGCUUUUGCUGUGGCUGAGAAGAAUGAAAGGCCUCCUCUGCCAGCAAGUUGUGAACCAGCACUGGCACAUCUGAUAAAGCGUUGUUGGUCAGGAAACCCGUCGAAACGACCAGAUUUCAGCGACAUUGUUUGUACAUUGGAGAAGUACGAUGAGUGUUUGAAGGAGGGCGUACCAAUGAGCCAUCAUUCAGGGCUAGUAAGCAGAAAUGUUAUUGUCGAACGCCUAAAAGGCUGUGUAUCAAUGACCUCCUCCAUACCCGUCUAUGCUUGAUUCUACCUAAGAACAUAUAUGCAAUAGAGUAUACACCACUUGUUACACCAAAUCUAUCCAAAAAAAAUAAUCCAUAUCAAUUUCGUAAAAUAAAAACCCCAUUAAAUUUACUUUUU